CGUUGAAAUAUCUGUUGGUUCUACGAGUCGUGAUGAUCUGAACGGUAUCAAGUUUAUCAAAAUCCGGUAUCCUCAAGACGGUUUUGGAAAAUUUGAAUAUUCGGUUAAUUCUUCGUUGUCUUUGUGUGGGCCCGGUGAGUCCGAAACGAUAUUUUGGUUCGACUGGUCCGAUUUCUUUUGGAAAAAUCCUCCACUCUGUUUCAGUAUUUCAUCACGAAUACGACAGAGCAUUACACCUUGUGGAGUUUAUCGAAUAUUACAUAAUGCAAGGAGUCAAUCAUUUCACGUUUUACAACAAAAGUGUUUCGACGGAUGUUUCGAAAGUAUUUCAGUACUACGCCAACAAGGGAAUAGCGACAAUUCUUCAGUGGAAAUUACCGUCGAUUUACCAAUUCGAGUUAACACUCAGGAUGGACGGAUCAUUCGCAGCUUGGAACGACUGUCUCUACAGAAGUUCAUUCCACAAAAAUUAUAAAUACGUCCUAAUAGCUGACGUGGACGAAUUCAUCGUGCCUAGAAAACAUGAAAACCUCACGGAGCUCAUGGGAUUCUUGGACCCUCCGAAUAAUUUGAAUACUAAAAAUGAACACGCGUCGUUUGAAUUUAGAAAUGUUUUUUUCUAUCUGAUGCAUCCGGACGACAAGACCGACUACGAUCCUACGGUGCCUUAUCUCUACCUUCAAGCAAAAACGGAAAGAGUUAAAGAUCCUGAAAAAGCUGGGUACCUGACGAAAUACAUCGCGCGUUCUCAGGAUGUUGUAGAGCUCGGAUACCACAAGGUCUGGUUUCAUCACCCGGGUACAUCGAUCUUUAUGAACAGCUUCGAUCGGUUGGUCGUUGAUGCAGACGUAGCACUUUCUCAUCAUUACAGCGAUUGCGAGGCAGAAACUGCAGCUUGUCAUUUUAGACCGACGAUAAUCGACAGAACGACGCAUAAGUAUAUCAAGGAAAUUGGAACGCGACUGAAACGAGUUUGUAAAGAUAUAUUCGAGGAUGCUGGAUGUCCUGCACCGAAGAACUGAUGCAUUUCUACUGGAAGUAUAUUAUUUUGACACUCGAGCGUAGUUCUUUCCGCAGCUGACGGAAAAAUUCUGCAGCAUCCGUUUUACAAAGCGACAAAAAAAUUCAUCAUAGCUGCCUUAUUAAAUUUCCGGCGAAGACUAUUUCUCCAGUUGCAGUUAAGUGCCAAAGAUUUCCAAAAUUUUUUAAUGAACUUUAGCCAUCAUUUCAAAAGGAUAAUGAGAAAUAAAUCAAUCAGGGAUUAGUAGGGUCCUGUACAGGAACAGCAUCCCUUUACAUUGGGAAUUCUAGUCAUGGUAUUUUGAUAUUGGAAAUCGGAUUCGAGAAUCUGAAUCAGUAUCUUGAAAAUAAAAAAUUCAUACCACAUUGAAAUCGAUUGUGCGAUGGUCUUUCAAUGUAUUCCGAUCUUAUGAAUACGAAUUCAUCGAGUGAAUUGAGCUUAGAAUAAAUGCUAUCGAGAUAUCUUGAUUUUUUCACUCACUUCAACGAUAAACCGAAGAUAACUUGAUUAAUCCUAUGGAUAGACUAACUUAGCUAGUAGAUUUGAAUUCUUUGGCUCAAUAUUUGAUCUAAGAAACAUGAAUCCAUCGAGUGAAUCAAGCUGGAAAUGAAUCCUUUCGUUGUAUCUCAAUUUUUUCGUACUCAAGGCGCGACGUUAGCGAUAACUCGAUCAUUCAAUUACUUCGCGAUUCAAUGAAUCUUCCUUAUCUUCUGUUACAGAAGCAAAAUUGACAGCCUAUGAAGCGACUCCACAUUGCAUCUAGAACAUUAGACUACAUUAUUUAUCGUGUAGUCAUAGAUCCGAUACUCCAAUACUGAAAUGAUGAG